UUACAUAAGAUUAUGUUAGUGUCCCCAGCACAGCUGACCUUUAUACUGACCGCCUCCAGGUUUGAACAUGUAAUACUGCAAUAUUGUACAUCUACCAAACAUUACAAACAUAUAACAUACAUUGAAACAGCUAAAAAUGAGAGUGUCAAGACAGAAAAACAUGUUAGGGGUAAUUCACAAAAUUGUAUAUGGUUAUUGAAAACACAGCACAAAGCAGGCACCAAAACACAAAGUACAUCAUGCAAGUAAGGAAGUAAAAUAGUCUGACUGCAAGCUGCUGAAAAUGAGACAUCUGUAUCAGAACAACCUAAAAUCUUCAUGUCAUUGUCUGACAUCAAGAAACACAAAAAUUAGGAAAUUAAGAGUUAAUGAAACCACGUUUUCCUUAUACUAAUUCAAAGAAUACUAUCCUUACAGUAUUAAUAAAUUAUAAGCUAUUAUGCUAUAUUGUUUUCUCGAUGUCCUCGAGAACGUUUUUUUUUUUACUUUUACCUACAGUCAGUGUGAUGAACUCUAUCAAGACUGUGCAGAGUUGCAGUGUUACAUCCUAGCAUUAACUGUAAUGUAUGUACAGCUGAACACAGAAAUUAAUGUUUCCCUGAAAGCUCUGCAGCUCCUUAGCUAGCCUGCUAUUUACACUUGCCUCACUUGAAGCUAGUGCGUUUAGUGACUAGCACACAUUGGGUGUGAUGUGGUUCAUUCAUGUGCUGAUUGGAGGCUCUGAUCUCACUGAGCACUUGCAAACACAAUCUCUGUUGUUGGAAAAAUCUAACCCAGAAGACAAACACGUAUGGUGUGUAAAGGGUAAUAAAAAGAUAAAAUGGAUGGUGGCAUGGUGAUAGACAUCAGGUGAAUGAUCUAUGGCCUUUUCUCUGAGGCUUUAUCAUGACUAAACGGCUGUGUAUCUGAUCCCACCCUUCUGACAACAUGAAUUUUGGGUACACAAACACACCUGGUGUAGCUGAAAUGUGAGAUGCUGACAAUUGUGUUAUUCUGUACAAAGAUGAGUCCUGCAGAACAUAUUGUUUUUGUUUUAUUUUUCAUUGUGCUGCCUCUCUGGCAAAUCACAACCUCGACAGCCACUCUGGUAUAGCAAUAAAUAACUACCAACAGGAGAUAGCAUUACGAGCUCCACCCUCAUCACUACUUCAAAACAAAUAAAUGUUACUUUAAUUUUUUUUUUCCAUGCACAUGUGCACACUUACAAAACCUUUAAGAAAACUAGAGUAUAAACAACCCUGUAUUCAGGUUUUAAUGUAUGUGUUAAAAUGUAUAAGUACAUCGUCAGGGUGUACAUUAACUUGGCUAAUACCUCGCACAUGUAAACACACACAAGCAGGGAGCAGAGGCACUGGUGUGGGUGUCGGCGGUAAGGCCGUAUUCAGCGGUAAAUAGACUUUAAAAAGCCAGUAAGGAGCUGUCAGUGUCACAAUCAAAUGUGCUAAGUUGGGUUAACGUUAAUUAGCUAUCGAAAGCUAAUGGUUCACCUUAUACAGUAAGUUAUGUUGUCUGUGCUGUGGACAACAAGCGAAGACAGCAAAAUACCAAAAGGCUGUGAUGGACCAAAUAAAAUAAGACUAAAGUACCACAGGUAACGUCAGGUAGUGAAGGUUGUCAGGUUGCUGCAUUGAAGAAGCAGAAGGGAGCUGGGAAAAGGGCGGUGGUAUAAAUACCGAGAGAAGAUCCGCCCCCUCCGCGAUUCGGGUUUGGACCUUUUGCUGGUUUCCCGGCACAUUUGCCAGCCUGGCAUCGACGGGACCGUUCGUUAGUCGGCGAUAAAAUCCUGACAACAUAUGGAAAUAGCGAGAAAACAGGGGUGCAUCUCUCACCGACGGCGACACGUGCUCCUCUCCUCUCCCCCUCCUCAUAUGAGUUUUUGAAGAGGGAGGGCAGGGCAGCUUGUGCAUCUCAUCGUCUUCCUCAUCUGCCGUCGGAGGGCACAGCCGUGUGUGAGCCAUGACUCUGAGCUCCGAGAUGUCGGAUGCCUCCAUCCUUUCGGAAGAGACCGACAUAGACGUGGUGGGCGAGGGGGAGGAUGGAGACAACCAGACGCGCUCCUACGUGGACGAGGUGGCACAGAUGCACGACGGCAUCCUCCUGGCCGGCUCUCCUCCUCCGUGCCUGGGCAGCUCCACCUCCUCAAGGGAUACCUACAAACCAACGGGCAAAAACACCCUGGUGAAGCCCCCUUACUCCUACAUCGCCUUAAUCACCAUGGCCAUCCUGCAGAGUCCCAAAAAGAGGCUCACUCUCAGCGAGAUCUGCGACUUCAUCAGCAACCGCUUCCCGUACUACAGGGAGAAGUUCCCGGCCUGGCAGAACUCCAUCAGACACAACUUGUCCCUCAAUGACUGCUUCGUGAAGAUACCGAGGGAGCCCGGGAACCCUGGGAAGGGCAACUACUGGACCUUGGACCCAGAGUCGGCUGAUAUGUUUGACAACGGGAGCUUUCUGAGGCGGAGGAAACGCUUCAAGCGGCAGCAGGCGCAGGACUUGCUGCGGGAACACAACAGCUUUAUCCCCGCCGCUGCUGCGUAUGGGUACGGACCGUACGGCUGCGGAGGGUACGGCAUCCAGCUCCAGUCCUACCACACACACUCUGCACUUUUUGCUUUUCAGCAGCAGCAGCAACAGCAGCACUCCAGGCAUUCACAUUCACACACGGGAACCAUUAUACCCGCACCGUCUUUGAUGCCCACCACCACGGACUUAGCCAGGAGUAGGUUUUAUCCCCAGCUCAGCUCCAGUCUGGGCUCAGCCAGCGUGCAGGCUGCAGCCCCGGUGCAGAAGUCCAGCUCCCCGGUGCAGCGGUCUCCCUUCUCCAUAGAGAGUAUCAUCGGGGGGUCACUGAGCCCCUCCAGGACUUCUCCGGUCGUUGUCCCGGUGUUACCAUCUUCUUUGGGGCCUGCAGCGGCCAGUCAGCCGCAGGCCGUCCAUCCUGGAGCUGUUUUGCACCCGGUCGAAAACUUUCCGAACAGAGUUGUCAGCGGCUCUAGCGGCUGUUAAAUGUCAAAAAACAACAAACUUUUCGAGAAACUAAAAAAAGAAACAGCAACAAAAACAAAAAAACGCCCCUCUUUGAAGGUAGGAUUAUUUUUGUAUGUUUAUUUGAUAGCACGCAGCUGAAUGAUGGACAUAAGCAACACUAUUUGUGCCUAUAUUCAUGCUGUUUAAAAAUAUAUAUUUAUGUUCAUUUUUUUUCGGUGUGAAUCAAACUUUUGACCACGAACUUUCCUUGUCUUUUCCAUCAAGUAAUUCGUUUCAGUCACUGUUUAGGGCGUCUCAGGAUAACGACUUAAUGGACAGGUUAGAAAUGAUCACAUGUUUAAAAAUAGGCUAAUAAUGUAUUUGUGUCAAACACAUCCAUGUUUUUUUUUUAUUAGUUUGGCAAAUCAAAACAUUUUCAUGGUUUUGAACUUUGUAUUAAAAAACACAGAGAGCAAAGUCAUACCUUUAUAAUAAUAUGCAGUGUGUGUUUAUUUCAGUAAUAAAAAAAUUGUACAUUUUUGGCAAGUAUUGUGUAAUUGAAGUGUGAUAUUUUUUACACAGUUUGUUUUUCAACAAGAAUAAAUUUCGUUUUGCAAAAAAAG